CAAUUUGACAAAUCGAGUUACAUACUUCGAAGUAUGACGGGUGAUGAAAUUAAAACAAAAUCGUGAAAAACUGAAAAUCUUUACAUAAUUAUGUGAAAAUCCAGUAUAGACACAGGUUUAUAAUAAUAUUUAGAACAAGUUUUAAACACAUACCCUUUCAUCAAUAUAUCAUUUUAAUAUGGCUAGUUCAAUAAUUUUAGCAGGUCUCGGUAUGGCUGCAGUAGGUUUUGCAGGUCGCUAUAUACUCAAGCAAAUGCCAAAUGCAUCAAUGAAAUUUGCAGAGGCAAUGAAAAGUAUACCCAAGUUUGAUUCUGAAAGUUUAGCCAACUCAAAGUAUUACAAAGGAGGAUUUGAGCCUAAAAUGACGAAAAGAGAAGCAGCUUUAAUAUUGGGUGUUAGUCCUACAGCUACUAAAGCUAAGAUACGUGAAGCACACAGAAGAAUAAUGUUGCUUAACCAUCCAGAUAAAGGAGGAUCUCCACUUAUUGCUGCUAAAAUCAAUGAAGCCAAAGAUAUACUUGAAAGUGGAAAAUCAUGAGUGCCAUCCUUGUUUAGAUAGUGGGAAAAUAGACAAUUGAAUUCCAGUAAUUUUAAGGCCACUUUUGACAUAUCUAAGUAAUUUAAAAAAGACAAUAUUUUAUGUAGAUUCUUAUUUUUCUAUAACAUAAAUAACUGCACCUGUACACAUCACACUAGCUUGUAGUCCUUUUGUAUCUGUAUGAAUAAUAUAAAUGCGAGUGUUUUUGUUGGUUUGUCCUCACUUUACAACUAAGCUAAGCUGCAAUAGACUUCAAUUGAGUUACUUGAAAGGAUGGUUAAUAACCUAGGCUACAUUUUUUCCCAGGAAACAGUUACUCAACCUUUAAAGUAAAAUACUGUUUUCUUACUCACUUGACAACUAAUGAAAACUCCAUAAAUGGUUCAACUCCUUUUCAAGUUCAUUCACAAAUCCUGUAGGAAUCUUUAUCCAGGAUUAAAAACAUCCUGUUUGUCUUCAGGAUGUAGCGUUUUUUCUGUGCCAAACAGCAAGAUUAGUGUAGAUUUACCAUUAUUAGAUGUUGCCUGCUGCUUUGUUCAAAAUAAGUUCAAUUUCUAAUCCCUUUUUUAGGGACUGAAUUUAUCGAAAUUUCGAUGGUGGAAUGGUAGUUUGGGCUGUCUACCAGCCAGUCAAGUCACCUUCUCUUUUGUAUCAUAUACAGAUUAUGGAUGUAAUAUUUAAAACAGUAAUUUUGAGUCUAAAUAUCAUUAUCAGUAACAACUGUCAAAAGUGGCCUAUUAAAAUACCUAACUGUAGUGAUGUACAAAGUUCCUUAAGAAAUACAAAUAAAUAAUCAAUUUCAACAUCUCAAUAAUUUAUUCUAUUACAAAGAACUCAUCAAACGUGUAUUAUUAACACACUAACACAUAUUAUUAGAAUUCAUAGCAAAUAGCAACUUAGCUAGCUAAGCUUAUAAAAAACAUCAAGUUAUUAUAUAAUAAAAAAUAUUAAAAAUUGACUGAAGCACUGCCAAUGUACAGAGACAGUACGUAAUGUAAAAAUGCUAUCAUAAUAAAAAUAAAGAAUGAUCUUCAAGUUCA